AUGCAUUUGGGGCUCAUUUGCAUCCUCGUACAGGUUGCGUGCCAGCCGCAAGAGGUGCCGUUCACAGUUCAUGGUGGAGCAGCAGAAGGUCGUCUGAUACUUGUGGAGCUUGUUCGGCAUCCCGAUUUGCUCACUGUCCUAGCUAUGGACGACAUCAUUCUUUCCAUCAAUGGAAGGAAAGUUUCCGGGAUGCUGCUGUGUGGCGUGCGAAGGUUAUUAGAAAAGUUAUUUUCCGCAACCGAAACAUUCUGCAUGGAGGUUGCAAAUAAUGGCUCGAUGCCGUCCGAUUUGAGAGAAAUUCUGGCAAAUAAGGAUUACACCGAGUUGCAAAUUGUCAUUCGGAAUAAUGUCUACGAGAAAACGGUGCCAUGUUAG